AUGUCGCAGAAUAUUCUGCUGGACUCCAACAUCCGCGACUGGGUGCUUUUCCCCCUCAUCGCCAUCGUCAUUUUUGUUGGAAUGUUGCGCCACUACGCCGGCCUGCUGAUGAAGUCACACCCGAAGCCCAAGAUGGAAAAAAUGUGCUGCGUUAAUAUAGCGAACUACGGCAAGUUGCUUCUGGUGGAGGGGAAAAAACUUUCACCGGAAGCAUUUAGCCGGCGCGCAGAAGCGAUGCGACAAGGUCCACUGCAGAAGAAGGUUGAGGUGGACCCCAUUGAGAUGAUGAACGAUCCCUCCAUGAUGGGAGAAAUGAUGAAAAACAAUAUUCUCAUGAUGGUGCCAAACAUGGGCAUGAUGAUGCUGGUCUCUUACUUCUUUUCCGGCUUUGUUGUGGCCAAAUUUCCAUUUGGACUUGCUUCACGGUUUCGUGGCAUGAUGCAAAGCGGAGUAGACAUUAGCGAUCUUGAUUGCAAUUACGUCACUUCACUCAGCAUGUACUUUCUGAUCAUGUUUGGCUCUAACGGCCUUCUUCAAUUGUUGCUUGGCGCGGAUGCUGGCGGCAGCGACCAGGCGAUGCUGAUGUCACAAAUGAAUGGUGGCGGCCCACAGCAACCGGUGGACUACGGGAAGGUGUUCAAGUCCCUUGCGGAGGAGCUGGAGUUUGCGCAGGGCGGACAUAAGUGGAUGUACGAGAACGCUCCCGAGAUGCUUUUGAAAGGAAAAUAA